CAGCCUUACGUCAGUCGCUCACAACAGGCGGGACGAAUAACGGGGAAGACUGGCUUAGCAACAUUAUUUCAUCUUUCAUCUAUUAGUACAAGAUAUAAACGGAAAUUUCAGAUAGGAAAACCAAAACGAGUCAAGAUGAUCCACAGCCUAUUCCUGGUGAACUCUUCGGGGGACAUCUUCCUGGAGAAACACUGGAAGAGUGUUGUGAGCCGUUCCGUGUGUGAUUACUUCUUCGAGGCUCAGGAACGCGCCACUGAGCCCGAGAACGUUCCCCCGGUCAUUCCGACCCCUCACCACUACCUCAUCAAUGUGCUCAGACACAAGAUAUUCUUUGUAGCUGUCAUUCAGACAGAGGUGCCUCCGCUCUUUGUCAUCGAGUUCCUUCACCGAGUGGUGGACACAUUCCAGGACUAUUUUGGAGUUUGUAGUGAAGCUGCCAUUAAAGACAAUGUAGUUGUUGUGUACGAGCUGCUGGAGGAGAUGCUUGACAACGGUUUCCCUCUGGCCACCGAGUCCAACAUCCUCAAAGAACUGAUCAAGCCUCCCACCAUCCUUCGCACAGUGGUCAACACUAUCACAGGAAGCACUAAUGUAGGGGAGCAGCUUCCAACCGGCCAGCUCUCUGUUGUACCUUGGCGUCGCACAGGAGUGAAAUACACUAACAAUGAGGCAUAUUUUGAUGUGGUGGAAGAGAUUGAUGCUAUCAUUGACAAGUCAGGUUCCACUAUUACUGCAGAGAUCCAGGGAGUGAUUGAUGCCUGUGUGAAGCUGACAGGCAUGCCUGACCUCACUCUCUCAUUUAUGAACCCCCGUCUGCUGGAUGAUGUCAGUUUCCAUCCGUGUGUGCGGUUUAAGCGCUGGGAGGCCGAGCGAAUUCUCUCUUUCAUUCCUCCAGAUGGAAACUUCCGGCUGCUCUCGUACCAUGUCAGCUCGCAGAACCUGGUGGCGAUCCCAGUGUACGUGAAGCACAACAUCACCUUCAGGGAGAACAGCUCCCAGGGCCGCUUCGAGCUGACGCUGGGGCCCAAGCAGACCAUGGGCAAGGCCGUGGAGUCCGUGCUGGUGAGCAGCCAGCUGCCACGGGGCGUCCUCAACGCCAACCUCAACGCCUCGCAGGGCACUUACACCUUCGACCCAGUCACCAAGCUCUUAUCGUGGGAUGUUGGUAAGAUCAACCCCCAGAAGCUUCCCAGUCUAAAGGGUUCCAUGAGCAUGCAAACUGGUGCCUCUAAACCAGAAGAGAACCCCACCUUCAACAUCCAGUUCAAGAUCCAGCAGCUGGCCAUAUCAGGACUGAAGGUUAAUCGAUUGGACAUGUAUGGAGAAAAGUACAAACCGUUCAAAGGCAUCAAGUACAUGACCAAAGCUGGCAAAUUCCAGGUCCGGACAUAGAUCCCGAUACAUUUCCAGGCCACUUCCUUGAUAGGGAUAAGGGUUUGCGGGAGGUAGACAGGCAGUGAAACAAAACAAAAGGGGAUUGGAAUGAGUACGUUCCUCGUGCAAAAUGCACCUCAGGAUUUCUAAUGCGAACUCCAGACUCUGAUGUCACGCUGACAAAAUGUAUAAGAGCAUAUGGGAAAGCAGUCGGGGGAAUUUGCGAUGAUCAGCAACACGAAACAGCAGGCUCUCCCCUCUCAGCGCAACAGGGUCUGGAGUUUCGGUGGUCAAAGCCUGAAAUUGGGUUCCCUUUACCUGUUUCUUAAUCCGUACCCGUUUCUAGGAGUUCCAUCUGAAAUCUGUCACAGAGAAAAACGAAACGUUUAUUAACGAAUCUUCUCUCUCGAGAACAACCUUUUGUUUCAUUAUGAUCUCUAGUGAGGUUGGGUCUCCUCCCAUCCCUGCUAGUUGUGUUUUGCCCCUGAAUGAUCAUUUCAAUCCAAGGCGUCUUGUUUCUUUCAUUUGCAUUACAUCAGCAUAAUUGCAUCUGGUUUUAUUCUCAUCUUGCUUGAUUUGAUUUUCACUGCUGCCACUUAUCAGCCUUUCGAAUGAUAUCCUUUUUCUUUGGGUGGAGGGGUGGGUUUGGGUAUUUUCUCACUACAUUAUCAUAUUAUACAGUUAUUCAGAAGGUCCAUAUAAGGAUUUACAGACCUUGGAAUUAUUCUGAACCAUGUCACCUGAAAGCAGUUUAGAUUAAUUUAAUUAGCAUUGUUGUUAAUGACCUUGAUUGAUUUUGUCAUACACAACAAAUUUGUUUUUAAAUCCAUCCAUAGUCCGACUAACAGGACUACAAUAUUCAAUGUACAUUCCAGUUAUAGUCAUCACUAUACAAUGCAGUUUAGGGUUGAGUGCAAGAGACAUCUCCAUUUCACUGCCUCCGUCCGCCUCUCAAUGUGGACAGGUGGAGAACAGUAAUGUGCGUUAUAUUUAUUCAUACUGACUUUCAGAGGACCUUUAUUUCAUUGCCAGUGAACUGUUUGUCCAUCUGACUCUGUGUAGCAAUGCACUGAAGGGUGCCUGCUUCCAAAUCAGUGGCAGGAUGCCUACAUUAAUGCUGUACCUUUUGUGUUUUGUGUUUAUGAGGUGUUUUUUUGUCCCUUUUAUUUUGUCAAAUGAAUACAGAUGGUUUUACAGUGCUAUGAAAUAAAAGACUGAAAACUGA